CCCAAACAAGGAAAUGGUGGGGGAAUAAAACGACCAUAUUAUUUAAUUAAUGCAUGUUAUAAUUAAUAUUUUAUUUUAUUGUAAAUUAAGAAAUAUUUAUGUGUUAAAAUGGAUUACGACUUCAAAACAAAGCUCGCAGCCGAACGAGAGAAAGUAGAAGAUCUGUUCGAAUAUGAAGGUUGCAAAGUGGGUCGAGGCACCUACGGGCACGUUUAUAAAGCUAAGCGCAAAGACGGGGAAGAUGAGAAGGAAUAUGCACUGAAACAAAUUGAAGGCACUGGAAUAUCGAUGUCUGCUUGCAGGGAAAUCGCUCUGUUACGAGAACUGAAACACCCCAACGUGAUCGCCCUGCAGAAAGUGUUCCUGUCUCACAGUGACAGAAAGGUGUGGCUCCUCUUUGACUAUGCUGAGCACGACCUCUGGCACAUCAUCAAGUUCCACCGUGCCUCCAAGGCCAAUAAAAAGCCCAUGCAGCUGCCGAGAGGCAUGGUCAAGUCUCUCCUAUAUCAGAUUCUGGACGGGAUCCAUUACCUCCAUGCCAACUGGGUGCUUCACAGGGAUCUGAAACCAGCCAACAUUCUGGUUAUGGGGGAGGGCUCAGAACGAGGGCGAGUGAAAAUCGCUGACAUGGGCUUCGCCAGACUCUUCAACUCUCCUCUCAAACCCCUGGCAGACCUUGACCCCGUCGUGGUGACAUUCUGGUACAGGGCCCCUGAGCUUCUGCUAGGGGCCAGACAUUACACCAAAGCAAUCGACAUUUGGGCGAUUGGCUGCAUCUUUGCGGAGCUGCUGACAUCGGAGCCCAUAUUCCACUGUCGCCAGGAGGACAUUAAGACCAGUAACCCCUUCCACCACGACCAGCUGGACAGGAUAUUCAGUGUCAUGGGCUUCCCAGCAGAUAAAGAUUGGGAGGACAUCAGGAAGAUGCCAGAGUACCCCACCCUUCAGAAAGACUUCAGGAGAACGACGUAUGCAAAUAGCAGUCUAAUCAAAUACAUGGAGAAGCAUAAAGUCAAACCUGACAGCAAGGUUUUCCUGUUGCUCCAGAAACUCCUUACAAUGGACCCCACUAAAAGGAUUACGUCUGAACAGGCACUACAGGACCCAUAUUUCCUGGAGGAUCCCUUACCAACCUCAGAUGUAUUUGCCGGAUGUCAGAUACCUUACCCAAAACGAGAGUUUCUAAACGAAGAUGAGCCAGAUGAGAAAACAGAGAAGAACCAGGUCCAACAGCACCAGCAGACGACAGCCCAGGCCCAGGCCCAGCAGCAGAGUGGCACCCAGCAGGCUUCUAACCAGCAGAGCUCCACCCAGACCAACGGCAAUGCAGGGGCCACUGGACCCAACGCCGGGGGAGGCCUCCAGCACGGCCAGGACCAGGGGCCCCCCAACAAGAAAUCUCGCACCGGGCCCUCAGGAGCCUCCUCAGGCACUGGGAUCCACCAGCACUCCAGCUCCCGCCUUGGUUACCAAAGCAACGUCCAAGGUUCCACUCAGUCCCAGGGAUACUCGUCGUCAUCCCAGCAGAGCUCACAGUACUCACACCAGUCACACCGCUACUGAGGCUCUUAGAACAGGCCAGGGGCCUCUCCCAAACCAACCCUCGACCAAAAACAAACCUUAGCAUAACCUCUCACCUCCCUCUGGCCAAGGUAUUACUGACUCCUCAUCCUGAUCAGAUCUCAUUAUGUGUCAGAUAAUUCCAACAACACAACAAUCACUCAUUAUCCGCCUUCAUGUCAGCCCUACUACACUGACUAACCCUGGCCUCACUUCCACCCAAUGUCCUCACACUUACCCACCCGAGAGUAAUAUGAAGGCCAACUCAACAUAGGAACCAAAAACAAACCCUGCCUCCUUGAGGGGUAGGACAAGAUUUUUUAUCAUCAUCAAGUGACAAAAUCGAUUGAUACUAGAUUAUAAGAAGGAAACACGUCAGGUGCAACUGACUACACACGCCUACUACACAAAGACUAUGAACCAUGACACUUACAAAAAACAUGUUCUUCAAGAGGAAGAAUUGCAGCUCUGUUCAUAUAUAAAUAUAUACUAUAUACUACCUUUUUUUCUUUGUUUAACAAGAGACUUGUUUUUGCUCGUUUUUUAUGUAGAGUUUGUUUACUUUGAUUGUGGAUGUUUUUGUAAAUAUUGUUCGAUAUAGAAGAAGAUGGGAUGAAACAGGAAAAUAGCCCUUUACUGUCAUCACUUUUCUUCACUGUACAGUUGUUUACCCUGGAUAUCUUUUACAUCCAGAUCGAAGCAAAAGGAAGAAAAUGAGCCAAUCCUUUCCUGAUGACAAAAGAUCUUCUUCUGAGAUCUUCCCCUUGGCUUGGAAAUACAUUUGUACAGAAGAAAGUUAGCUCUUAAGCUGAUGUGAUUGCAGGGAAUUACGAAAUACACUAUUUUAUCUUAAUCUUGUUAUAAAAACGUUUGUUUUCUAAUUUUAAGCCUUUUGUUUUUCUAGAUUUGUAGUCUGAAAGUCUGCAUUGGAAGGAACCGUUUAUCAGCCUUUCUUCAGUCUGCAGCAAGUUAUGUAAGCAUCUCUAGGUACCCCAUGUCGCCUGACCGAUAACAACUACCAAGCUACUGUUUUACUAUGAGUCAUGUACAUCAAGGAAACAUUUGUUGGUGAAUCUGAAUGUUCUCCUUUCUGGCCAGAGGUGUUUGAGUGUGUGUGAGAUGCUUGUUGUGGACACCUUGGGUUGACAGGUCUUACCAUGGACACAGACGUCACUGAAGGUGUGCGUCAUCAUCAUAUACUGCAGCUAAUCAUAUACUGCAGCUAAAGCUGUAUGUUCCUGAGACAGUUACUGCCUGAUAGUUUUUUAUUUUCCAUGUAUUUUUCUAGCUUUUAAUGUUUCGUUAUUGCCCUUUACAUGUGCAGUUUGUAUUUCCUCUUAUUCAGUCAAAGGACUGCACUGUUGAACAGCUCUGCAAAGACCUGGAACAAAUCUGGGAAGUCUUGCGCCCCAGCCUCUUCAACUCCACACCCCUGGUAUUAACCCAGGUAGAAAAAAUGGUUUCUUAUAGUACUUAUCCUGUGAACUAGUUGACUGGAUCUGCACUGUGUGUGUGUGUG